AUGGUGAAGAAAGAUCGCUUGCCGGAUCGCAAAACUCGCCGACGAAGUCAACACCGCAUGAAAAAAUUUCAGAUUAAAGCGAACGCAAGUCCGCUGUUUCAGUUCUAUCCCAAAAACGAAACACCGAACAACGAACACGAACACCAACGUUCAUCAAUUGUGGCAGUUUCGAGAAGCGACAGUGCCGCAAUACCACACGCUGAUUCAUACGCGCCAUCCGUUGCUGGCUCGAAUAAAGGAACGUAA